AUGACUGCCCGAGGGGAGCUCGCCUCGUGGGCAUUCCCUGCCCGUCUGGACACCAAGCCUGCCCCUGACGUCAACUCACCUGCUCCAUCAGUAGCCGAGAUUUCGUUUCCUCGCAAAGAUGGCAAGCCCGUUGUGAUUGCAUUCCUUCGACACUGUGGAUGUCCUUUUGCUGAAAAGAUCUUCUUGAAUCUCCGCCGGCUCGCCGAAGAACGCCAGGAUGUGCAGUUCAUCGCGGUAUCUCACAGUGAUCAGAUCUCAACCGACCACUGGACCGAAUCAAUUGGCGGCGCCGGCAACGUCCAAAUCAUUGUCGAUAAUGAAAAGAAGAUUUAUGCGCAAUAUGGACUCGGAGUAGCGAGCUUCUGGCACGUUCUGAACCCGUGGAGCAUGGCUGAAGUAUUCCGCCUGGCUUUUCAAGAGAAGAUCAAGAACCGCCCGACCGAGACUGGUACCCGUUGGCAGAUCAGCGGCAUGUUUGCGAUCGAUGCUUCGGGAAUAGUCAAAUAUUCUCAUCCCUCCCAGACCACGGAUGACAUGGGCGAUCCGGCUGCUGCUCUGGAGGCAGUGCAGUCGACGGCUAAGUUGUAG